AUGAGUAUAUAAUUCUCAUUUGAUAACAGAUCUCGUUUGAAUCUUAGUCUGCUCGAGUAAUUCAAGACUAAAAUUAGGCCAGUUAGAGAAAAAAAUCUUAAAAGAGGAAAAUGCCAUAUAAGAAUGAGAAAGGGAGAUUAAGCAAUGAAUCAAUCGUUAUCAAGAACCUUCCCCUACAAGCUUGUCUCAUUUAAGCUAGUCUCGUUUGGAUAAAACCAACAUUUACAAGAGAAAGAACUAUAGAACUCUUAAAAUAUACCCAGUAUUACCGAGAAUUAACUAUUUAAACUAGCAGCUCGCAAAGCCAGAAGUAAACUAGAGUAUAUUAAGAACUAAUAAAGUGCUGAAAGAGAGGCUAGCAAAGAGAAGAAAGAAUGCAUUUCACGAUUGCAAAUAUCCUCCAGUAAUCAAAGCGUUAUUAUAUGCAAGAGCAAUCACUCCAGAAACAAACAUUAUGAUCCAAGCAUCAUGUAGUAUCUUCAUAAGAAUUAAGUUGAACAAUAGCAAUAAAUGUAAAAUGAGUCACUUUAAAGAUCCAAUAAUAGUAAACAAAAUUAAUAGACUGAGGCAGGAUCGAUUGUUCCCACUGAGGAUCGAAGCACCAACACUCACUUUGAAUCUCUAACAAAGUGGAACAGCUCCAAGAAGCGCUACGACUAUGACUACUCUAAGAUUGAUGAAUUAAAUGGACUCAGCAUAGAGAACUUGAGUAUUUCUGAUUAGAAUCAACCAUAAAUUAUGAUGAGAACUAUCCAAUUGUCUAAAAAAUAUGCAAAAAGGAAAGGCCAUGGGAUCCACAUUUAAUAGGAUAAUUAGUUCUACAAUGAAGAAGACUGCUAUCCAUAGCAGGAAGGUUUAGCAUUUCAAAAUCUAAGCAAUACUGGAAGAACUUAGGAGACAGGCUGCUUUACCAGACAAAACCAGACUUUGAAGAAGUAUAUUGAAGAAAAGACUUAACUGGAACCUGUGCUAUCUAAAUCGCAGAUGAAGAUCAAGGUUUAUGAUAACUUCUUAGUUGAAAAUGUGGAGUCUGGGAGGUAAACAGCUUGCAGAGAUGAAAGAAUUUUUGUGCCAAAGAUCACUAUUCAAAAACGCAUCAUGAACAGAUAAGUUUUAUAGCCAAUAGUCAUGCCCUAGAAUCAUGAUGACUCAGACUAUGAGUGA